AGGUUCAUUCACAGCAGCGAGGGAGCUGCUGUUCAUCCUCCAUCCGUCCUUUCUCCCAUCGAUCCUCCCAUUCAUCCAUCAAUCUCGUAUCUGGCGUGUGUCGGCGCGUCCAGCUGUGCACAGCCAGUGUCGACAUCUACCUGGAAGGGACACUUUGAUUUAUUUCCGUCAUCUCCAGCCUGGAUAUCAUCGCUGGCUGCAGACAUCAUUGACGCCGUUUUCUCCCGUAGGGACCAGGAGAUGGCCGGUUGACUGCAGAGCUUUGCUUAUUGGCUGGCCGAGCUUGCCGUCAUGGCCAAAAGCCCGGAGGUGAAACUCGCCGUCUUAGGCCGAGCAGGGGUGGGCAAGUCAGCGUUGGUGGUGAGGUUUUUGACUCGACGCUUCAUCUGGGAGUACGACCCAACCCUUGAAUCCACCUAUCGCCAUCAAGCCAAUAUCGAUGAUGAGGUUGUCACCAUGGAGAUACUGGACACGGCAGGCCAGGAGGACAACCAGCAGAGGGAAGGUCACAUGCGUUGGGGCGACGGUUUCUUCCUCGUGUACGACAUCACCGACCGAGGAAGCUUCGAGGACGUGGCACCGCUCCGGAGUCUUCUUGAAGAGGUCAAGAAGCCCAAGAACGUGCCCUUGGUCCUGGUGGGCAACAAGUGCGACCUGGACCACGUGCGGCAGGUGACCACCGAAGAGGGCGAGCGCCUGGCUGCCGAAAUGUCCUGCGCCUUCUACGAGUGCUCGGCGUGCGCCGACGAGGGCGGCGCCGUGGCCGAGGCCUUCCACGAGCUGUGUCGCGAGGUGCGGCGGCGCAAGGCCGUGCAGGGCAAGGCCAGACGCCGCAGCUCCACCACGCACGUCAAGCAGGCCAUCAACAAGAUGCUGACCAAGAUCAGCAGCUAAGGGAGACUGCCGGGAAAAAGCCGCGAGAGGCAAAAUAAGACGAGGAAAAAACGUUUCUCAUGUACAGUAAAUGUUCACUGUUGAUUGUCUCCCAAAUGGACUGGAUGGGACUGCACUAGGUACUCAUUUGUCACCAAAAAGUGCAAGAUAUCAUGCCUUUGGCGCCCAAUCUCUGCAAAUGUCCAAUCAUCAUGAAACCCAUUAGAGACAAUGACAUCCCGAGGGACGGAAAUGGACCGCUAUUGUAUCCCGCUUCUGACUGCAGGUAGCUAAUAUCGUCACCUCAUGGAUUCAUUCUUACUCACCAGUCCGUUUCCAUUUCGCUCGAUAAGCGAGUCAGUGCGUAAUUCCGAUUGGGCGCUCAUGACAACCAGGCAGACAGACGGGUCGCUCGCGCUCCGUGUCGUGUCUGUGGGAAAUAGUCGUAGACAGGAUGUGUGUGUAAAGGGUUACGUCAGCUGGGGGUUGAUUAAAAAUCAAACGGCGUGAUUGUCAAGCCAAAGAAAGACGUAGUCGACUGUCACUUGCCUGCCUCUUGAUUAGAUGAACUCGAGUUAAAAACAGCGGUGCCUUGAGAGACGAACGACCCGACUUAAGACUUUUGGAGAUUCGAAAAAUGCUGUUGUUCGGAUCCU